UUCUAAUUGCUAUUAUAAGGAACUCAUCAUCCAGACGAUGAACUUGGAGCUCCUAAAUAUUAGAGAUUUUUUCGUACGUGUUUAUGAUACAUUGAGGAUAUUAAAGUUACUUUAUACAGAUUCAUAUCUUUGACCAUAAAUUAAUUAUAUAAUAAAAAAAAAUGCAAUCUUGUAACGUUAUCAAGCAUUUGAAUCGCCUGAGACCGGGAUGCUUCAAUUACUAUAAACCAUCCAAAGCCGAAGGUUUUGUCAGAAUGUCCAAUGCAGGUUUUGGUUUUCUUCGUCUAUCGAAUGUCCGUUUCGUACAGAGUGGAAAAAGAGGAUUCGCCAUAACCCAAGAUUCCAUUAAUAGAGAAUUGGUUUCUCCCGAACAUCAAAAGUCUGCUUACAGUUAUAGAGUUCAGUUAAAAGAUGCUCGAAGAAUUGUGGUUAAAUUGGGUUCGGCAGUGAUAACGAGAGAAGAUGGAUGCGGAUUAGCACUUGGAAGGUUAGCAUCAAUUGUCGAACAGAUAUCUCAGUUACAAAAUGAAGGAAAAGAAAUGUUAAUUGUAACUAGUGGAGCUGUUGCUUUUGGAAAACAAAAACUACAAGCAGAAGUUCGAAUGUCAAUGUCAAUGAGAGAAACUCUAUCACCAAAAGAUUAUACUAAACAAAUGAAGGACUUAAGAAAAUAUGUAGAACCAAGAGCAUCAGCUGCAGUCGGACAGAGUGGAUUAAUGGCACUAUACGAAGCUAUGUUUUCUCAAUAUGGAGUUAAUAUCGCUCAAGUAUUAGUAACCAAACCAGAUUUCUAUAAUACGGAAAGUCGUUUUAAUUUGAAAAGUACCGUUCUGGAGUUAUUAGGACUAAACAUCAUUCCCAUUGUUAAUACCAAUGAUACGGUAGUGCCUCCAUCUGUACCAGAGGUACAGAAUGAGGUAAUACGUAUUAAUGACAACGAUACUUUAGGAGCACACGUUGCAACCGAAUUGGGUGCAGAUCUGUUAAUACUGAUGACAGACGUAGAUGGUAUUUAUACUCUCCCUCCUGGACAAGAUGGUGCAAGAUUACUGAGUACGUAUUGCCCAAAUCUAAAUGGGAAUGUCACUUUUGGAGAAAAAUCAAGCGUGGGAUCUGGAGGAAUGGAAUCGAAGGUGAAGGCUGCGAGUUGGGCAUUGGAAAGGGGAGUUUCUGUCAUUAUAUGUAAUGGAAUGGAAGAUCAAGCAAUUACAAAAAUUCUGGAUGGAAAAAGGAUUGGAACAUUUUUCACUGACCAAAAGCAUUCUUCAAUUCCAGUAGAAACUUUAGCAGCAAAUGCACGAAAAGGCAGUAGAAUAUUACAGAAUUUAACUGCAGAUGAAAGAGCAAAUGCAAUUUUUAACAUUGCCGAUUUAUUACAAUCGAAGAAAGAAGAGAUCCUCAGUGUUAACAGUAAAGAUCUUAAAAUAGCUGAAGAAACUGGUUUAGAUAGACCUUUAAUGGAUCGUCUUUCUUUAAAUGUUAACAAAUUAAACAGUCUAUCGGAUGGUCUAAGACAAAUUGCUGAAAGAUCUCCAAGUAUUCUGGGACGUGUCCUGAAAAGGAUACGAAUGGCAGAUGGAAUGGAUUUAGAGCAGCAGACUGUACCAAUUGGUGUCUUAUUAGUUAUUUUUGAGUCACGACCGGAUUGUUUACCACAAGUGGCAUCGUUGGCAAUAAGUACUGGAAACGGCUUGCUUUUGAAAGGUGGUAAAGAAGCUAAAUAUACGAAUGAAUAUUUAUAUGAAUUGGUCAGAGAUGCAUUAGCUCCACACAGCGCUUCUGAUGCAAUUGCUUUGGUUAACAAUCGUGAAGAUGUUGGAGAAUUAUUACAACUUCAGGAAUACAUCGAUUUGGUCAUUCCUAGAGGAUCGAGCCAAUUAGUACGUUCCAUCCAACAGCAAAGUAGAAAUAUUCCUGUUUUGGGACACAGCGAGGGUGUUUGUCACGUUUACAUAGACAAGGAUGCUGAUUUAGUAACGGCAUUAAAAAUUGUUAGAGAUUCGAAAUGCGAUUAUCCAGCAGCAUGCAAUGCUAUGGAAACUUUAUUAAUACAUAGAAGUUUAGUUGGGCAGCAAUUUUUCGUUGAACUUUGCAACUUGUUGAAAGAAGACGGGGUAGUAAUUCACGCUGGCCCACGUUUGUCCAAACUAUUGACUUUUGGACCAACCCCAGCUAAGUCAAUGAAAAUCGAAUACGGAAAUCUGGAAUGUGCUAUCGAAGUGGUAGAUAGUGUUGAACAAGCAGUGGAACACAUCAAUACUUUCGGUAGUGGCCAUACUGAUUCUAUUGUUACAAAUGAUGAGAAUGCUGCAAGAUAUUUCCAACGAAGCGUUGAUAGUGCGUGUGUUUUUCAUAAUUGUAGCACAAGAUUUUCAGAUGGAUACAGAUUCGGACUUGGUAAUAAUAAUAAUAAUAAUAAAAUGCAUCAAACAACUUUUAUCGUCUGUGAUUAUUAA